AUGGCUUUCGGAGCUAAACCUCACAACUCCCUGCGCAUCAAAGGUGUUCUCCUCGAUGAGACCAUUUCCACCCUUUUGAUUGAAGAUAUUGGACACCUGGCCGAGGUAUUUGAGAAGUUCGCAACCAUAGCGGGAAAGAACACACCAAAAAAGACAAUGGCUGAAAGCGAGAAAUCCCAAAUCGAGACAGCGCACAAAUACAUUGACGCGAUGCAUCAAGGUCUCACGGCUGACCGCCUCGUUGACCCACCGUUGUGGGUGCAAUCUCGAGAGCAGCUCCGAAAGGACGUCUUCCAAAAUCAAGACUUCUCGUCAGGGUCUGAUGAAAGUCCACCUUCGUGGUGGCUCGCUUAUAAGAGCUUUAUAGACGUUUGGUGGCUAGGAACGAAGCUGUUUCUGACGAACCAAGGCCACCCGGGUGUUUGUAAAUGGGAGGUUCAAUCGGGCGAGGCUAUUUUCGUACCUCUUGGGUGUCUUUCUCCCAUAGCUGUUCGUCCAACAGUCCCCGGGGGAAAUACGUUCCAAGUAGUUGGCCCCGUUUUCCUUGAUGGCGUAAUGGACGGAGAGGCCUUUCUUGGCAAACUUCCAGAUCGCUGGAGUGUCCAGUAUGACAUUUCGGCUGGAUCUGUUCGUGACAAAGUCCUCUACAAGAAUCUGGAGACAGGUACUAUCGGCAAUGCAGACCCCCGUUUGGACAAGGUGCCACUUCCGCAAGAAUGGGAGCCACUGACUUGGACCCGAGGAAGCAUCGACCCGAGAAUCUGUUGCCGGUUCAGGAACAAGCUUACUGGAGAGUUGACCAAUUACGAUCCGAGGAUGACGAGCGAGGCUCUCAAAGAGCGGGGCGUAAACAUCAAGGAGAUUAUCCUGGUCUGA